UCAGGGAAGUGUUUUGCUAUGUGACUUCCGGUACACACGGUAUCCAUCUAUUCCACAGCGCCACCCACCGACCUGUACCGGCUCAGCGGUGAGGUAUGGUCAGUACUGGAGCCCGGACCUCCAAGAUACCGUAUCGAGGAACCGCAGCCUCAGGUGUCGCGCUGUCUGUUGGGCAGGGGGCUUCAUCCCACUGACACGCCUCCUUCCUUCAUCCAUCCAUUCAAUACACAGAGAAUGGCCACUGGGGAGAUACAGGGCAAGUACCAGAAGCUGGCACAGGAGUACUCCAAGCUCAGGGCGCAGAACCAGGUGUUGAAGAAGGCGGUGGUCGAUGAACAGGCGAAUUCGGCGGCGUUAAAGGAGCAGAUGAAGAUGAAAGAGCAGUCCCUGAGGAAGCAGCAGCAGGAGAUGGACAGCCUGACCUUCAGGAACCAGCAGCUGGCCAAGAGGGUGGAACUUCUGCAAGAAGAGCUGUCAGUGAUGGAAACCAAAGGCAAGAAGGCCAAGAAACACGUCGAGUCCUCUCAAAUGAGUCAGGAACAAAAAAAUGUCUUUGAUGAGGACCUUCAGAAGAAGAUCGAGGAGAACGAGAGGCUGCACAUACAGUUCUUUGAGGCCAGCGAGAAGCAUCGGGAGAUAGAGGACGAGUUGAGGAGUCGGCUACAAGUCCUGGAGACGGGCGCUGCCCAGCACCAAGCUGUGGUGGAAGGUCUGAAGCAGAAAUACAUGGAGACUAUUGAGAAGUUGCAGAGCGACAAGGCAAAGCUGGAGGUAAAAGCUCAGAGCCUGGAGAAAGAGGCGAAGGAAUGCAGACUGCGCUCAGAAGACUGCCAGAGCCAGUUGAAGACGCUUCAUUUAGAUCUGAGCAGUAGACUGGAGGAGUCUCUGGGUAUCAUCAAUGAAAAAGUGCCAUUCAAUGACACAAGAAUUAGCCAUUUCAAUGCCCUGAAUGUACCGUUACACAGCAGGAGACAACAGCUGAAAGCCCGGGAAUUAGCGGGUCAGGCUCUGGCCUUUGUCCAGGAUCUCGUCACUGGCCUCUUGAACUUCCAUACUUACACAGAACAGAGAGUCCAGAUCUUUCCCAUAGACUCUGCCAUCGAUGUCAUCUCGCCAUUAAAUCAAAAGUUCUCUCACUACCUCCAUGAAAAUGCCUCUUACGUGCGUCCCCUGGAGGAAGGCAUGCUCUUGUUGUAUGAAAGCAUCACUGAAGGCGCCGUUACAGUCCUGGAAACCGCGGUGAAGCUGAAAAUUUUUUCUGAGCACUUUACAACCUACGUCUCUUACCUGCAGAAGAUUCUUCCGUACCAGUUACAGAGUUUGGAGGAGGAAUCAGCCAUUUCCCCUUGCACAACAGCUUUACGGGAACGCAAUGUGGAGCUGCAGCUGGACAUAAGGAGAAUGUCCGCGCUGUUCGAGAAGCUGAAGACUUACAUUGUCCUCCUUGCCUUACCCAGCACGAAACCAGAGGGUUUGCUGAAAUCCAACUACGGUUCCAUACUGACACAGAUCUCUGACUCUCUCCGUGGACUUCAUGAUAUUAUAAAAGAGCUUUCCAAGCACUACAGUCAUAAAGCUGCACUCGAGCAGGAGCUGCCAGGAGCCACCGAUAAACUUAAAACCACAAAUGAUUGCAUCUUGUCUUCGCUCGUUGCUCUAACCAAUGCAACAAGCAAGAUUGCAACCUUUUUCACCAACAACCUGGACUACUUCAUGACAUCCCUAAGUUAUGGACCAAAAGGAAGGCCGGGCUUCACCAAUCCGCUCUCAGCCGAAAUGAUGCUUCAGUACAAGCAGAAAGCCACCCAGUACAUGAAAGCUUUAAAGACGCCUUGCCCAGACUCCGUGCCUUAUGAGGAGGCGUUGGUGAAUCGCAGAGUGCUCCUGAGCUCUACAGAGAGCAGAGAAGGCCUCGCACAGCAGGUGCAGCAUAGUCUUGAGAAGAUGAGCAAACUAGAGCAAGAGAAGGAGCACUGGAUGCUGGAGGCGCAGCUGUCUAAGAUCAAGCUAGAGAAGGAGGCCCAACGGAUAUCGGACAUAGUGAAGAAUGUGAACAAAGGACAGCUGGCUGACCCUGCACAGGAAAAUGCCUUGUUACACGUGACAGACAAUGCUGUUGAAACAAAAACUACAAGUUUGAUUGGCAUGUUAACCAUGAGUAGCGAUAAUCUGCAGGUUCCAGAUCAUGACUCGAGGGAAGGUCUGAUAAAGAGCCAUUACAUGACAAGAAUAGCAGAGCUUACCACGCAGCUGCAGCUGGCAGACAGCAAGUCCGUUCAUUUCCAUGCUGAGUGCCGUGCUCUCGCUAAGAGAUUAGCAUUGGCAGAAAAAUCCAAUCAGAGCUUAACAGAAGAAACCAAAUCGGCCAGUCUGAGCAUCAGCAGAUUGCAGGAUGAAUUAAUUACAACCAAGAGAAGUUAUGAGGAUCAGCUGAGUAUGAUGAGCGAUCACCUCUGCGUUAUGAAUGAAACGUUAACAAAGCAGCGGGAGGAAAUAGAUACAUUAAAGAUGGCUAGUAAGGGAAAUUCUAAGAAGAACAAGAAUCGAUAGUUAAUGCAGAUGCGGGCAGAUAGCGCUGCUGCUGUAUAAACCCUGCAGGACGGUCUUUGCUAGACGAAGAAUUCUGCCGUCAGCCUAUCCCUGUGAUAUAUGUGAACCGAAUCCAUUCUCUACUGGAAAAGGAUCUCGUGAAACAUGAAAUGUGUCAACCUUCCCCACGUCCUGACAAACACCUGUGACCCGACUGGAAAGUCAUCCAGAAAGAAUAUUUCCACUUCAUCAUUUUACCUCCUUUUGAACAUUUUUACGAUGCACUUUUUUUUUGUUUUGUUAUGUUUUUUAACCAGAUUUUAUUGCGUUACACUCUACAGCUUUAAAGUGGGUUUUGUUUUUGUACUUUUUUCAGGCUUCAUUUAUAAAACAGCACAUGAAAUGUCUGUAAUUGUACCUUGUGUUUUGUAAGAGACUUGUAUUACUACAUCGUUUUUUCUGCUCUGUGACCUCACACGACAGAGACGUAAAGGGAAUAUUUCGUUCCAUUCAAAGUCUGUUUACCGGCGAAUAGAAGAAGACGCCUCCAGUUGUGAAACCGUAAUGUCUGAACAUUGAACAAAAAAAAAAGGAGAAAGAAAUGACUAAGUUUAUCAAUAAAUUCUUACAAAAUCA